AUGGAGCUGUGUGGCCAGACUGAUCCCACAGCCAACUUCUGUUACAUGAAAGAUCUUGUCUGGGAUGAUGGGGAUUAAAUGGAAAUCAUGUUGGCAGAGAAAGAUGAAUUUGGGCUGGACAUUUCUGACACAGAAGCAGAAAAGUCAAAGUGUCUUCAAGAGGUUGUUGACUGCAUUGCAGACAAGAAGGCUGUGCACGGAAAUAGUUUUUCGAAGCAAAGAAACUCCUCUGCCAGAAGUGGACUGAAGUCAGUAG